AUGGCACCCUCUGUCAAUGUGCUGGGCAAGCAGCUGCAGCCCUGCAGCACAUCGCCGCUCACGGGCUUCUUCCGCGACAGCUAUUGCAACACGUCGCCUGCCGACACGGGCUCGCACACGGUAGCAGCCGUUGUCUCAGACGACUGGCUGCGGUUCAGUGCCGAACGGGGAAACGACCUGAGGCCGAUCCUGAGUGGAGGAUGCAAGUGGUGCCUUUGUGCGAGCCGCUGGAAGGAGAGCUUCGACGCGUGGAAGCGAGGCGAGAUCUCAAAGGAAGCCGUUCCACGAGUCAUGCUCGAGUCCACGCAUCAGCAAGCCCUGGGCAAGAUCAACCUGGACGACCUCAAGGCCUUUUCUGCAGAUGUGUCAGGCAAGUAG